AUGAGCCUGGACCAGAACCUCUUCACCCUCAACGUUAGCCCCCGUCAAGAUGACCGCAGCAUAGUCGACCUAGUGGAUGCGAAGGGCGUGGUGCAUUACACGAAGAGGCGUCUGCCGACGAACGAAUACAGAAUCGAGGUAUACGGCUUUGAUCGCGUCUGUUACUGCCCGAGCCCAACGAACAAGCACAAAACGGUCCAGCUCUACAAUCCAGACAUUGUAGUUGAGCUCAAAUUUUCCGGCAUGAUCUCGUUUAAGUGGAGCUUCAAGUGGGAAGAUAACGAAUUCGAAUGGAGACGAGAAGAGUGUUACAUCAUUCGUAAACCUGACCCUGCCGUCCUCGUCGCCGUCACGAAGGAACCCCCAGGCAAGCUCCAGACACGGGCCGUCCAGAUCUUGGACUACAACCUCAAUCGUUUCGACAUCGACGACCGGAAGGGCCUCGAGAUCGUCAUCCUCACCGCGCUCCUGACGUUCCAAGACUCGAACGAGACCUACCACACCCCUAAAGACGGUACUCCUUCCGUCCAAACACCUUCCCAACCAGUCACUCCUUCCGGCCCUCCCCCGUUGGUCCCUCCCAGACCCGAACCGCGCCAAGGUGUUGAUCGGGUCGCGGAGUUGCACGCGCUGCGCACAGCACAAGGCGACGGUGAUGCGAACGAAGUCCACGUCUCUGAGGAGUGUAGCAUUGAGGACUAUGCGAGGUACGCGGAGCAGUUGUUGAACGACGGGGCGAUGCUCUUGGUCUCUGUGCGCUCCGCGUCUGCUGCGGAGGUUCCCAAGGUACUCCGAGUCGUCGAGGAAACGAAGCGGUUGCGUCAUAAGUCAGGUAUCGCUGAGGAUGUGGAGUUACAUCAAUAUGUCAUCUACGAGACGGAGCAGUCUCGCAAAGGUCCUCGGCGGAUCAAUCUCAACGACCCCGACCCCAAGAGGGAUCAGUACGCUCCGCCGACGAGCCUGACGAUCCAUCUCAGCAAGAUUGACAUGCCUGAGCUACGUCCACGAGUCACCGUCCAUCGUCCCUCCGGGUCUAUCGAGCUUCCCUCUCCUCCGCCGCCGGAAGUGCAGCUCUCGGACAAGGAGCGAAAGAAACUAGAAAGGGAGCGAGAGAAAGAGCGCAAGAAGACGGAGAAGGAUGGCAAGAAGAAACCCAAGAGUAAGGCGCAAGAAGACCCGGCAUUGAGACUUUCUACGUCCCCUUCGCCUCCUCAAGGCCACGCGUCUGCACCUGUCUCCCGCGCGCAUUCACCAUCGCGACCACCCAAGGGGAAACUUGCCAAAUCGUCCCAUACCCCGGCCCAUCAGGUACAUGUGUACCAGCCAUCGCCCUCGCCCUCGCAGCUGGGCAACCCUAUGAUCUACGCCGCCCCUCCGCCCCCUCACACUUCGCAAGCAUCGCGCCCACGGCCGGGCUCGAUGGCGUAUCCUGCGCCCAACCACGUACAAUCACCCAUAUCACCGACGACUCAACAAGGUCCCGCGUUCGGAAACUGGGGCUCAAUGGACCGUCAGUCGUCAGGACGCCCGACGUCGUUCUUCCAGCCUGCAGGCAAGGGCCCGGUUACCUCGCUCCUCAGCAUGUGGUCGAAGCAGUAG